AUGUCCAGACAACUUAAAGAUGUGUCAGUGAAGCUUAUUGUCGGUGCAGGUAAAGCAGCACCUACUCCACCGGUUGGUCCAGCAUUGGGUUCCAAAGGUAUCAAGGCCAUUGAUUUCUGUAAAGAGUUUAACGCCCGUACAGCACAUUACACUGUUGAUGUUCCAAUCCCAGUAAAACUUACGGUGAGACCAGAUCGUACGUUCACAUUUGUGACAAGAAGUCCGACGACCUCGUGGAUGCUCCUUCAGGUGAUCGGUAAGGACAAGGGUUCUGAUACAUUGGGUAAGGGUAAGUUUGCCAAGCAGGGUUAUCUGGGAACCAUCAGUUUGAAACACAUCUAUGAGAUUGCCAAGAUCAAGAAAUCCGAUGAAACACACGCUUCUAUCCCGCUGAAGGAUGUGUGCAAAAGCGUCAUCAGUACUGCUAGGACUUUGGGUAUUCAGGUUGUUCUGUAA